UCGACCGACCGAAUUUUCGUUUCGGUGCUCCAACAAACCUCGCGCAGUGCCCCACAGGACAACCGUCGGCCCAGUAGCCGUCGGCCGCCGACCAACAGGACCACCAGGGCAGGAAGUCCACGUCCCCGGAGCCACAGGACGAUGGUGUCACUGUAGGUCGCCGAGUUGUCUUGAAUGCCGAGCAGGGUACACCGUCUGCCGACGGUGCCCAGGUGUUGCAGUUCAGUGUCCCGUUCAGCGACCAUGCCGAUUGCCAGCACGGCGGGGUCGCCGUCGACCUCGACCUAGAGGGCCGCACUAGAGCACCUAGGAGUCCAAGUCACUCACCACGCCACGAAUGUAACGUUUGUCGUCCAUCUGUCAACUAAUUGAAAGAAAGUCAACUAAUUGCUUGAAAGCCACCAGAAAUAGCGUCAGUGAGAAAUAGCGAGAGAGAGCGAGCGAGAGAGAAACGAAGCGAGAUAGCGUGAGGCACCAGGCGAAACACGCCAAAGCGAGGCAUGUGGCAGUUCCUGGUGUUCUUCGUUCUCCACUCAGCACCGACCGGCGAUGCACUGCGAAGCGUUCACCAAAAGUCCAUGGCGGCCGGUCGUCUGGAGAAUGUGACACAGACCAUCUCCCGCAUCCUGGAGGGCUACGACAUACGGCUCCGGCCCAACUUCGGUGGUGAACCGCUGCACGUCGGGAUGGAUCUGACCAUAGCGAGCUUCGACGCCAUAUCGGAAGUGAAUAUGGACUACACUAUCACAAUGUACCUAAACCAGUACUGGAAGGACGAACGGCUAGCGUUCAACGCGUUCGCCCUGUGGGGAGACAAUCAGAACAGCGAGCACGCGGAGCGGGACAUCAUGAUCGAGGACGACGGGGCCAACGACGUGAUCACGCUGUCCGGGGACUUUGCCGAGAAGAUCUGGGUGCCGGACACGUUCUUCGCCAACGACAAGAACAGCUUCCUGCACGACGUCACCGAGCGGAACAAGCUGGUCCGGUUGGCGGGCGACGGUGCCGUCACGUACGGGAUGCGCUUCACCACGACGCUGGCCUGCAUGAUGGACCUGCACUACUACCCGCUCGAUUCGCAGAACUGCACCGUCGAGAUCGAAAGCUAUGGAUACACCGUGUCGGAUGUGGUGAUGUACUGGAAGACCACACCGAUCCGGGGCGUGGAGGAAGCCGAGCUGCCACAGUUCACCAUCAUCGGCUACGAAACGAACGAUCGGAAGGAGAAGCUGGCCACGGGCAUCUACCAGCGGCUGUCGCUGUCAUUCAAGCUACAGCGCAACAUCGGCUACUUCGUGUUCCAGACCUACCUGCCCAGCAUACUGAUCGUGAUGCUGUCCUGGGUGUCGUUCUGGAUCAACCACGAGGCGACGUCGGCCCGGGUCGCCCUCGGCAUCACGACCGUGCUCACGAUGACCACCAUCAGCACCGGUGUGCGUAGCUCGCUGCCGCGCAUCUCGUACGUGAAGGCGAUCGACAUCUACCUGGUGAUGUGCUUCGUGUUCGUGUUCGCCGCGCUGCUCGAGUACGCCGCCGUCAACUACACCUACUGGGGUGCGCGGGCGAAGAAGAAGAGCAAAACGAACAAGGACGCCGAGCGGAAAGUGUUUGGAAAAGCGGAAAAGACGACCUGCUCGUCGGCCGAUGACAUCAUCGAGCUGCAGGACAUCCGGAUGAGCCCGAUCGCGUCGCUCCGCAACCGCCACUACCCCAACAGUGCCACCGUCACGACCAGCGACGCCACGGUCGACUCGACCAAGUUUCCGCCGAGCUUCCGGAUUGCGCGGUCGUACGGCUCGAGCACCCGGAGCGGCCUCCGGUAUCGCAGUGCACGCGGCCAGGGCCGCCCGAAAAUGCUGCACGCGAUCAAGCGCGGUGCGUCCGUCAUCAAGGCGUCGAUACCGAAGAUCAAGGACGUGAACGUGAUCGACAAGUACUCGCGCGUCAUCUUCCCCGUCAGCUUUGCCGCGUUCAACGCAGGCUACUGGAUAUUCUACGUCUUCGAGUGACCCGCGCCCGGCCACUGAACGGAAGCCGGAAAGCGCUUGCCGAAGACGACCACCGCCCUCAGCCCCCCAGUCACACCCUUCACUCACCUUCCCUUCCGCAUCAUCCAGCGCGUCGCGCGAGAGAGAGAGGCUCUGGCGCUCUAGCCCGUAGCCGGUGAAGCGAGUGGAUGAUUACCA